UGUGAAAUAUAGAGUAACUGAGAUCUUCUUCAACCUAUCUUCUUCAACCUAAUUUCAGUUUUCUGGCGGAAAAACUUUGAUACAAUCAGCAAGUUUGGUUGGGAAACGUGAAUAUUAGAUUGAAAUCUCGUUUCCCAUUCGUUUCCGGGAUGAAUUCAGUUUCAAACACGUCUCCAUUUUUCUGAAACGGUUUCGGCGCGCGUUUCCCGGUUUCCCCGUUCCAGGACGUUUCGGAAACGGUAGUCGUGAUUUUUUUGGCGUUUCCGUACUUCGUAGGUUUCACCUUCACCAAUGUCAAGUACUUCUGAAAAGGUCUGUCUGACCGAGCUGAGCCAAAAGUUGAAACCAAUCAGCUGGAUUAUACGAGCUACUAGUCUAAUCGGGUCUGAGAUAGAAGUGUUUUAUUGGACUGGUUUUUUAGUUCAUGAAAGUGGACUCUUAAUGACUAGUACUAAUGGCUUAGAUACAAUGUGCUGGGUUGAAAUUGAGGCGCGAGGCUUGAUGUGAAUGAGUUUUCCGAAGCAAAAAUAGUUCUUGUGCGUAGUAAGUGGGACCUUAUGGUGAUACAAGUUGAUUUAGGAGAUGUUAGCGAAAUUGGGAAGCUUGCUUGUGAUGGAUCUUUAGCUAAUGGUGAGAUGAUAAUGUGUGUAUCACACCCACACAAUCUUGUAGGAUCAUUUUAUGUUGGUCAUGCUGUCUAUCAAUGUGUCAAUGAUGCUACUGUCCCACUUCGUGACGAUCCUAGCACAUGUGGUGGUUAUGUCUCUACAGCAUUAACAAAUACUCCACAAUAUCGUCAAUUAGGACAUGUAUGUAACAAGAAAAAUUUUCGGUGUUUUGAUCAGGAGGAUAUUUGUAAGUUUGAAGAACUCAACCCUUUACUUCCAAUUAUACAGUGCAACCGUUUAAACUUUAGGGAGGGUUGUUCUGGGAGUCCGGUUUUUAAUACCAAAGGAGAAAUAGUAGGAAUGCUAAUUUGUGAGGUUAAUUCAUGCGACAUUGCUCUUCACGUGACAGUGCUAAAAGAGUUCUUGAGUGAAGCAUUAGUCAAGAUGAAUGUUUCACAAGAAGGUAAAGAAGGAAGAAGAGAGCAUGAAUUACAUUCAAUGAGGCGCAACAAAAAGGGGAAGAAAAGCAACAACACUGCAACUGCAACUGAACCAGAAGGAGGGGCAAACCACAAGGCCGUUGCCACCACCUGACAAGCAGAAGUACAGCAGGGUCAUUAAUGCUUAUAACAAGUAGUAUAAGUAGAGGAGAAGAGGAAAGAGAAAAGUAUCCAGAAAAUUGUAGAGACUUAAGAGAAUUGUAACCUAAAGUUACUACUGAGAUUUGUAGCCUAAAGCUACUAUUCCUUGUAAUCGAUCAGUUGAAACUCAAUCAAUCAAUCUUCCCUUCUUCUAACUGAUUCUGUUCUUGGUAUUGCUGUUUGGCCUUUCUAUAUUGCAUUGCUGCUGUGUCUAUUGUGUCUGCAGGUGUGAGUAAAGCUAGGGCUUUACACUUGGUAUCAGAGCGGUUCGAACUGGUGGAGACAAGAAUCAGCAUCCAUGGUGUUGUCGAAUACUCAGAGGAUAGAAACCGUGGAGGUGACCGUUGCAGAAGUGAACCAGAGGGUGGUUGGACUUGAAAGCACCAUUCAACAAGUCCUCACUGAUGGUCGAGCAACGGUGGACUCGUCCGCCCGAGUAGAGGGGCGGCUGGAACGUUUUAGGGAGGAGCAACAGAACCAACUCAGUCUUAUGAAGAAGAAUCAGGAGAAAUUUCAGGCAGAGAUAAAAGCGUUGUUGGCCAACCUAAACACUGGCAACAUGAACAGGGAAAACAUGGCCCAGUCAGAAAACAGAGGCAAUAGGCAUAAUCGUCACCACCACGAUGAUGGUGAUCCGUAUGUCGACGGUGGUGGUGGAGGAGGUCGUUGGAAGUAUCGUAAACUGGACAUGCCCCUCUUCGAAGGCACGGACCCGGACGGGUGGAUACUCCGGGGAGAGAAGUACUUCACAUUUUAUCACCUGUUGGAAAGCGAGAAACUCGACGCGGCCGUCGUGUCCAUGGAGGGCGACGCCCUUCGUUGGUUCACGUUCGAGUCUAGGAGGAAUCCGAUUCAUAGCUGACCCAAACUGAGGAGAAGAGUGUUGCUCAAGUAUAGGCCGACAAAUGCCGGAAGCCUCCACGAACAGUGGCUGUCCACCACUCAAACCACGACGGUGGAGGAAUACCAGAGACGCUUCAUUGAGCUUGCCGGGCCGUUGGAGGAUGUGCCGGAAAGCAUAUUUUAGCAUUAUUGCCAUUAUGAAAUUUGGGAUUUCUAUACCUUCCUAUCUUUUUGUAAAAGAGAAGUGGCCUGGUAAUUUUGUUUUUCUUUGUCACUUUGGGUGAGCCUUAUGAUCAUAAUAUGAAUGUUGUACAAAUUUAAAUUCCCUGAGCAAAUAUACGGAGAAUAUGCAUCAUUCAUCUUGA